UAGUAGUACAAGUUUAAAAGGAUAGGUAUAAACUGUCCUAAAACGUAUAGUACAAGGUAGUACACAUUACACAAACUAAACCCAAUUCUCCUCUUCUUUCAUCUUAUAUUCUCAUCAUUCUGUCACACCUUAUCAUCAUCGAAUCGAACGAAUCAUAUCAAAAGGCCCAUACUUUGCCCAACGAAUCAACAAAAUACCCAUUUUCUCCGUAAACCCAUCUUCUCCAAGAACCCAAAUCGGCAAGAACUCAAAAUCGGAAAGCAAAAAUGAUGCACAUGACCUUUUAUUGGGGUAAAAAAGUAACCCUUUUGUUCGAUUUCUGGAGAACUGAUUCAUGGGCUAGCUAUGCAAUUACUUUACUUGCUUGUUUUAUCUUCGCCCUAUUUUAUCAGUAUAUGGAAGAUCGUCGUCAACGAUUCAGGAUUAUCUCUGCCAGUUUCAGGAGGAAUUACCCUUCGCCGCCUAGCGCCGCUGUGAAUGCUCCCCUUCUUUACACUUUCCCGACCGUCGGCGGUAAGUGGAACUCGGCGAGAUUCGCUACGGCGAUCGUUUUUGGGAUCAAUUCGGCAAUUGGGUAUAUGCUUAUGUUGGCUGUUAUGUCAUUCAACGGCGGCGUUUUUGUUGCUAUUGUUCUGGGUUUGGCGAUCGGAUAUUUGCUGUUCAGGAUCGGCGAUGAGGAUGAUGUCACCGUUGAUAAUCCUUGUGCCUGUGCUUGAUAGUUAAUGGGUUUGUUUGUUGUAUACUGAUUCAAUGAUAAUGAAAUAUAAUUUCCUUUUUUAUGUAGCAGUAUUGGAUCUCUGUUGAUCUUUCCUAUUUCCUUUCUGUUCUGUUGUAUUUCUUCAUCUCAAUAUAAUUUUACACCUUUUCUGCUUA